UGGUGGUGGCUAAGCCGUUCGUGGUUUGGAUAGAUGCUACCUCAUUGUCAACCAAUUAAAAGUCAUUAUCGAUUCUUGUCUCAAAAUUACCUUGACUUGAUCAAAUCCGCUGCAGCUGAUGGGCACAGACCCGCAUCACUCCGUCCAACAGCAUCCUGGCAUGCGCAGCGUCACUCUCAUCCAAUAGCAGUCCGUUACCCUGCCGUCUGUCUCCGUGUUGGGCUGCGGGACGAUGCUGAUUCAGGUGUGUGGGAUUUAGGGAGGAACCUUUGCCGUUAUUAUCACAUUCGUCGGAGCAGAAUCAUCAAGAUGGUGACCCCAGCCAUGCUUUUGUGUGUCCUGUCCUCCUUGUUUUUAUCAGCUGCUGCGAUUAAGCCCAGGAUCUUUGAACCCCGAAUCUUUGACAAGGAGGCCACAGGCUUUGGUCCCAUAUUUGAGGAGGAACCGCUGGACACGGUGUACGCGGAGGAUUCGCCAGAGAACAAAAUAUCCAUGAACUGUAGGGUGCGAGCCAACCCACCAGCCAUUAUAAAAUGGUGGUUAAACAACUGGGAAAUUAAACUGAUGGAGCAGCCUGAUGAACACUUUAGCCUGGUGGGUGGAAACCUGCUGAUCACCAACCCAGACAAAGGAAAGCAUGCUGGGAAAUACGUAUGUGUGGCCAGGAAUGUGUAUGGAGUGGUUAUCAGCAAAGAGGCCAUCGUCAAGUUUGGAUACCUGAAUCAGUUCCCCACAGAUGAAAGAGAGCCAGUGAAUGUUAAGGAGGGGCAGGGGGCGGUGCUACUGUGUUCUCCUCCCUCUCGAUAUCCAGACGAGGUGCUGUUCCGCUGGAUCUACAACGACUUUCCCAACUUCAUCAACCCGGAUCAAAGACGAUUCGUGUCCCAGUCCACUGGGAAUCUGUACAUCGCUAAAGUCGAGGCCUCUGAUGUUGGGAAUUACUCUUGUUUUGUGUCAAGCCCCACCAUCGGCAAAAGUGUUUUCAGCAUGCCUAUACCUCUGAUUCCACAAAUAGAAAAGGAGGUAAAGAGAUAUCCUGCGGAUAUUCGUGUUAAAUUUCCCAAGACGUAUGCUUUGGUGCAUCAGAACAUCACUCUGGAGUGCUUCGCUCUUGGAAAUCCGCUCCCGCACAUCCGCUGGAGGAAAUUAGAUGCCGAUCUUCCUCCGAAUUAUGAGGUCAGCAUGAAUGGAGCUUUACUGCACUUAAUAAAUGUGCAGUAUGAAGAUGAAGGCAGCUAUGAGUGCGAGACCCUAAACGUAAAAGGGAUGGAUUGGUAUCGCCAGUGGCUUUAUGUAGAAGGUGCACCAGAAUGGGCGGAGCACAUCAAUGACACAGAGAGGGAUGUUGGCAGCGAACUCACUAUGAGAUGUGUCGCCGUGGGGAAGCCGUUACCAUGGAUACGUUGGUUGAAGGAUGGCUACUCGUACGGCAAAGGGGAGCUUAAAUUUUCCAGUCUUACAUUUGAGGAUUCGGGCAUGUAUCAGUGUAUCGCUGAGAAUGACUGGGGGACCAUCUACGCCAACGCAGAACUACGAGUCGUCUCCUGUGCGCCAACAUUCAUAUACAAUCCAGUGAAAAAGGUUCUGCUAGGGGCUGAAAAUGGACGUGUGGUGAUCGAGUGUAAACCCCGCGCUGCUCCUAAACCCAGAUUCAUUUGGAAACGAGGUUCAGAACUUCUAACCAACUCUUCAAGGAUGUUAAUUUGGGGUGAUGGUAGUCUGGAGAUUCUGAACGUAUCGAAAAGCGACGCGGGCUCUUACACAUGCUUUGCUGAGAAUGACCGGGGCAAAUCCAACAGCACGGGAACCCUCACUAUCACCGAGGCCACCAAGAUCACAGUAGCUCCAUCAGACUCUGAGGCGGUUGUAGGUGACAAUAUCAUUCUCCGGUGUUCUGCCUCAUACGACCCCAGUCUGGACAUCACCUUCAUUUGGACCGUCGACUCAUACGUCAUCAACUUCUACACAGACUGGGAUCAUUACGAGCAACUCAAGGGUCACGAAUCCAGCGGAGAUCUCCUGAUCAAGAACAUUCAGGUGAAACAUGCGGGACAUUAUAUCUGCACAGCCCAGACUAUAGUGGACAACGCCACUGCAGAAGCUGAUGUUUUCGUCAAAGGUUUGCCUGGGCAGCCGGGUGGCGUCCGUGUGGAACAGAUCGGAGACACGUCGGUUAAGCUGCGUUGGUGUCUGGGAUCCGACCAUGGCAGUCCUCUCAUACAACAUGUUGUACAAACACGAGACUUCUACGCGCUGGACCCUGAGGACUGGAAAACCGCAUCUACAACUCCUGUGUUUCUGAAUGGGUCUGCUCAGUCGGCCACUGUGCUUGAUCUUUACCCCUGGAUGCAGUAUGAAUUUCGUGUGUAUGCUAUCAACGAAUUUGGAGCCGGGGAAGGCAGUCGCCCCUCCAUUAAAAUCAAGACGUGGGAUGCAAGGCCAACUGUGUCUCCUUUGGACGUCAUUGGUCAAGUAGGAAUAAGUGGAGAGCUCAUUGUUACCUGGACUCCGGUGAAACCUCAGUUCUUCUUCGGUAAAAAAUUUGGCUACGUUGUGGCAUUCAAGCAGCACGAGGAUUACGAGUGGAAAUGGUCGACGGUGGAGGAUCCAGAGACCAGACGAUAUGUCUACAAAGAGAGCAUGACGCCAGACAGUGAGAUCCAGGUGAAAGUGAGCACCUUUAAUAACAAAGGUGAAGGACCUUCAAGCCUCAUCUCAGUGGUUUACUCCCCAAGGCUUGCACCAACUGAAGCUCCAUUAGAUGUGUACGCCCGGCAAGUGACCUCCACAGAAGCUCUGGUCUGGUGGCUACCGAUCUAUCAGGCACCACCGAACUGGGUUGAUGGAUACCAGAUUCGAUACUGGAGAAAGUACGAUGACAACGAAGCGGCUGCCAGUCGAGUCCUGGUUCACAGAACGGUUAACCAAACACGGCUGGAAAACAUGCGGCCUGACUCUCACUACCUUAUCGAGGUACGAGCGUUCAAUGGAGCCGGGCUCGGGCCACCCAGCGAGCACUGUGAGAUGUUCACCAGGAGACCACCUCCAAGUCGUCGUUUGAGAGUGUAUAAAUAUGUCAGCUUCACACGCCAAUGGCUUUAUCUGUAUUGGGAUCACAUCUAUAACUACUGGAAUGAGUCUUAUGUGGAGGGUUACAAGAUUUUGUUUCGUAAGGAAGGCGAGCGAUAUGGAAAGCUUUACACAACGGGCAGACACUACAUAGACUUCCCCAUGCCACAGACCGGAGAUUAUGUCAUUGAGAUCCGAGCUCGCUGUGAGGGAGGCGAUGGGCCCAUUUCACAGAUACGAGUGCAAGGAAAAGCCACUCUGGGUGCUUCAUCGCUCAACCUGGUCUCUCUCCUAUUGUUGGCGCUGGGCUGGAUGAAUUUGGGUCUUUAAGUCAAACAUUAUCACUUUACAAUAAGGUUGUAUUUGUUACAUGAACAAACAAUGAGCAAUAUAUAUUUUUUCGGUAAUUAUUAAGCUUUAUUAAUGCUAGUAAAUGCCAAUAUUAUUGUUCAUGUUGUUCAUUGGCAUUAACUACUUUGUUAGCUAAAGUUGAUAUUGCAAUUUUUAUUUGAAAAAUAUGUUAGUUAAUCCUAAAAUAAACAUAAACUAAGAUGAAUAAAUUCUGUAGAAGUAUUGUUUAGUUGUAGUUCAUGUCAGUUUAUGCCCUAAUAUUAACAAAUACAACCUUAUAGUGAAGUGUUUUCACUUAAAAAACAGCCCUAAUAUAGUCUUUAUAUACAGUAUUGUUCAGAUUAGGCUUUGUUUGGGAGUGUAGUUGUACAUGUUCCUGACUUACCUGUACUGUAAGUUAGUAACCAUCUCUUCUACACAAAAAUGUAUUGAUCACUGGCUGAAUAUAUAGUAUUAAUUUUUGCCUAACCAAAUGGCUAUAAUCAACUAAUGAUACCUUAUUAUUAGAGAUGCACUGACCGAUGCCGAUAGCCGAUUACUCAGACUAUUGACCGAUGUUGAUAUUUUGGUAGUUAUAUUAACUUGCAUUUAAAUUCUGAAGAUGAAAUUUUCUGAAUGUUAUUCAUUCAUAUGAUGACCAUUAAUAAUGAACAUUAAAAUAGGGUUGUUUCUUUACAUUUUCUAUACACAGAGCUCAAAUUCAUUGCUUUUUGUUGUUCUCUUUGAUAAACAGGAUAUAUUGGUCAUGACUAUCGGCUGUUUUUAAAUUAUCGGCCGAAAUUGCUUUUAUCAACUGAUACCUAUUAUUGGCCUAUUAUAUCAGUGCAUCUCUACUUAUAAAUAAUAUGCAUAUUAUAUAUAAAAGGGUGUUGUGAAUUAUUAUCAUUAUCUCACCAGGUAUUUUAAAAUGGGUGAUUGCAGAAGUUUUUUUUUAGACAAUUUUAUCAUUUCAACUAGUCCACAAUAUUAGUAGGCCUAUAAAAAAUAUUGAAUGUGUUUGAAUUGUAGCUACGUUCUUAAUCAUUCUUGUUUGUACAUGGUUUUGUACAUCUAUUUAUUUCGAUAAUGUGUACAAAUUCCGUCAGCUGGUUUGAUUUGAUUAGAUGUUUUUGUUAAUUUAAAUAUUUUGAAAAUACACAAUUGUUUCUGUUUGCCAUUAAAUAGCACAAAUAUUAUCACA